GUGUCUGCCCUGACAAGAUUUCGUCGACCCCUGCCACGUUUUGCAGACUGGUAACUACUUAUGUAUGUAAAAUGCUCUUUGGCUCUAGAGACUGGAGACACCCCUGUUUUCGGCUCGCUGUUCUGCAGGUGCUAGCCUGCCGGCCGACCAGCCAGCAACCCUGGAAGCGGACGCGCCCGGGCCGGCCCGCGGCUCGGUCGACAGCCCGCGCCCGGACGCUGCCCCAGGCAGCAAGCGACGCUCGCGGCCCGGCUCUCUGACCGGCGACCAGAAGCGCUGCAAACUCUCCACCAGCCGGCGACGGCAUGCAACCAGUCCGGAGAUGAACUCAACGUCGAAGAAGAGAAAGAAGAGGAGUUAUAGACAUAGAAGAUACUUGGAGGUCCCUCGGUCCCCGGCACCGGGCCCUGCUCAGUCGCAUGCAGCUCAUGUCCAGUCACCUUCACAGCCGUUGCCUGAGUCAGAGAAAGACUCCCGGCCGCGCCCGUUCACGUCCGAACCAUGGACAGCGUUCCCGCAGGAUAAGCACCGCUCGGAGGCUGGGCCGAGACCAGCACCUUACCACCGGGGAUCGGCAGCCGCGGGCGGCAGUCGGUGCGGCCGCGGCCCGGUCCCUCCCUCCGCGUCCGCCAGUCGUCCGGCGACCGCAGUCGGUGGGCGACCUGCUGGCGCUCCCACCGGAGGGAACUGUCAGCCUGCCUCGGGCCCAGCGGCCGCCGGCGCCGGUACCUGUCAGAACACUCGGCCGGCCCCGGCCCCAGCGGCCACCAGCGCUGGCACCGCGAGGAACUCGUUUCAGAGAAACUCUCAGCCUGCCCCAGCCUCUGCUGUAGGAAGGAACUCGUUUCAGAGAAAUUCUCAGCCUGCCCCGGCCUCUGCUGUAGCAAGGAACUCCUUUCAGAGAAACUCUCAGCCUGCCCCGGCCCGACCGGCUGCCAGCACCGGAGGAAACUCCUGUCAGAGGAGCACUAAGCCUGUCGCGGCCCGAGCGGCCGCCGGCGCCGGCUCCACGGCCGUCCGACGGGACAGCUCGGGGUCUGACGAGUUCACCUGGGAGGACGAGCCGCUGCCGCCUGUGGAGCGGCCUGAGCCGCGGCGGGGCAGGCAGUCGCCGCCGGCGGCAGGAGGUGGCUUCGUCGCCGCCACUCCGCCGGCGGACGGGACAGAGACGGCGGCGAGUGGUGACCGGCGCCUGCCUGAGGACGACCGCUCCGUGGUCGAUGGGACGCCAGAGGAGGAGAUGGAGGGCGUGGUCAGUGCCGGCCAGGACCGCGGCGAGCCUGCGAGCAACAACCAGGACCGGGGCGAGUCGGCCAGCUCGGUGGAGACCAUCACUGUGACGGUACAGUAUCCGCAGCACUCGCCGGCGGCGGAGGCGGAGGCUGUAUCGGCCCCUGCGCCCGAGUCUGUGGACGAGAACGACAACUGGCUACCGGCGGCGGACGGCGGCCCGACGGUGGCCACGGAUGGCGAGACCUGGUUCCGGCAGGUGGUGUCUGACACACUGCGGGAGCGGCUGGGCCGCGACAGUGCCCACACGCCGCACAGGCCUGACUCGGAUUGCUCUCAGUCGUCCGCUCUGCCCGCCCCCCGUAUCCUCUUUCCACCGUCCGGUGACGACGUGGAGAGCGUCCAGUCCGACCCCGGCCACUGGAGCCGCCCUGCCGCCAAUCCUCGGACCGCCUUCCAGCCGCACCCCGGCGACCCUGAGGUGACUGGGGUGUUUUACCAGAGCCAGGAGGAUUUAGUCAUGAAGGUGGCGGUCAGCGGCUCGGAGCCGGCGGCGCCGCCUCCGGUGUGUGUCGGCGCCAUCCCGCUGCCGCCCGGCUCACCGCUGACCGGCGUGCCGGGCCGGCCGGUGGCCGCGCUCGGCGGCUCCGCGCGGCUGCCGGGCGGCGCGCCCGCGCGCACCUACCAGCCGGACGGGUUCGCGGUGCGCCAGUGGCGGCCCGAGGCGCCCCCCGCGAGCGGCGCCGGCGACUGGCCGAGCCUGCAGGAGGUGGCCGGCCGCAGCCGGGCGGCGACGGCCGCGCCCUCGCCCGGCUCCGCCGCCGAACUCACCAUCCGAGAGGCGACCACCCUGGAGGAGCUGGUGCGCCCCCGGCCGGCGCCCAACGACUGGUGGGAGCCGGACGGCGGCGCGGCUGCCGAACUGUCACUGAGGGACCUGGAGCGAGACAAGACCUCCACGGCGCCGACCGGUGUGCCGGGCACCAGCGGCGGUCCCAUCUCGCCGAGUUGUGCGCCGCACUACGGCCACUGGUCGGUGGCCGAGGGCCGCGGCGGAACCGUCACCCCACCGGCGCCGGCCGGCCGCGGCGCGUGGCGGCCGCUCUCCCCCACGCCGCCGUCCGCACCGGGUAGCGUGUGGCGCCCGCUGUCCCCCACGCUGCCUCCCGUGCCCGGCGCGCCGGACGGCACCUUCACGCCGCGGUGGACAAGUGCGGUCCGGAGGCCAUAG